UUCGCUGUAUAUUUCUCAUUCUCUCGCGCUCUCGCUCUAUCUUCCACAUUCUAUAUCGGUGUCUUCGAGAUGCGUUUGUAUAAACGUAAAUAAACUCUUUACACUCAAUUCACAUUUCGUUAAGCUGCUGUGUGUGAAUAUUUUCUAUAUCGUUUGUAAAUUAUUUAUUUUUGGUUUUUUUUUUUAAAUAAAACAUCUUCAAUUUUUCGUUGUUCUUAUUGGUUUCAAUGAUUUGAACGUAAAUGGUAUUCAGUAUAUAGAGUGUAUAUGUGUUUUUUUCGGUGCAGUGGUUUCAUUUUCUUUUAUGUCACUUCUCGUGUCCGGUCAACACACAAUAUUUCCGAGAUAACUUUUUUUUUCUCUUCGUUUUAUGUGUGUUUAAUUCAACUGUCCAGUUUAAUGAAUUUUUGAGUGUGGUACAAAGUAUAUAAAAGUGUUCACAGUUGGUUGUUGUUGUUGUUGUUGUUGUUGUCAAGCAUUGCUGAAGCACUUGAACAUGGAAAUUAUUUAAAAUGGGAUAAAAUACAUAGAAUGUUUUCGUCGGUGCGGUUUAAACUUAAAAGAAGCAAUAAACACAUGAAAAAAUAGUACAAAAUUAAAGCAUUGACAUUUACAUUAAUUUACAUUUUUUAUAUGUGAGAUGAACAACCCGAAGCAAUUAUAUAACUUGUGAUACCGAGAAUUGUGUGUGUGAUGCGUUCUCAACAACAACAGAAAAAUUUUCUAUUUUGAAUCUAAUGUAGUGUUUAUUGUGAAAGAAAAAAAAAGUAUUUAAAAAACGUUUUCUCUUCUUGUUGUUAUUUGUUAUUUAUUUAUGUGACCCACAAAAAGGACCAAAACGAAUAUAAAUUUAAAUCAAAAUCGAAAUAAUAAAAGAAAAACAAGGAAAAAUCGAAUCAAACAACCAACCGAGAAAUAAAAGUGUCUAAACAAAGCCAACGUUUCUCGAUCCCUCUCUCUCUCCCUUGGGAUUGCAUUCUAAAGUCUCAUGACCAGUAAACUGGUUUUCAACAGCGUUACAAGAAAAACUUUCCGGUGUGUAUAUUGAGAUAGAUAUACAGACCAGCGAACACACGCAGAGAGAGAGAGAGAAAAAAAAAAAUAAACGAAGACAAAUUAUCGGCGUAAGUAAUUUUGUGAAGCAAAAAGAGCUCACUCUUUGUCGGUUAUGCUGUUAUGCGGUAGAGUGAGUGUAUGUAUGUAUUUUGCGAGUGCAAAGAACAUCAUUCAGAUUCAUACAAAUAAUGGAAAUUUAACGAAAUAUCCAACAGCUACACGAUAAAUUUCUGUCGGUUGCAUCCGAUUGAAAAGCGUGUAACGUGUCUUGAGAGUGCAUAUCGAAAUUUGAAGAAGAGAAAAAUAAACAAAAACCAAAAAAAAAAAAAAAUAAACAAAAUAAACAAAAAACCAUAGCAAAAUUGCACCAGCAUUUGGUUAUUUAAUCGUUAUUAAUUAAAAACGCGACAAAACAGCAACGGACUGUUCUUUUCCAUCACACACAACAGCAUAUUUAUUUGGUGUCAAGAGUUAAUGACAAUCAAAUGUGAGUGCUCCGGUUGGUUGUGUGUUGAACAACAUCAACGGCAGAAAGAAAAAAAUGCAUCGGAAAAAAUGAGGCGCAUAUUCAACAGUGCAGGUGUUUGGAUUUGUGCAAUCAACUGGUAUAUCAACACACCAACAUGCGGUUGCAAUGGAGUCAAAUGGUAAAGUGCGUCACCUCAAUUAAAAUGCACCACUAUCAAUUUGGCAGAAAAACAACGUAGACAACUUCAAGACUGGAAUCCAUCGCUUUAAAACAAAGAAACAAACUGAAAAGAAAAUCAAAAACUUAAUCAAAAACUAAACUAACAAUCAAACAAACAAACAAAAACCGGGACGGGGUAUAUUCCAUUCAUUUAAGAAAAGGGUAAACACAAAAGCAGUCAUCACGGCGAAACAUUACAUGAAAAUGGAUCACUCGGAUUUGGUGGCCGAGAUGGCACAGGUGGAGCAUCUAUCAACACAGGAUCGCUUGCACCUGGCUCGAAUACGCCGCGCACAUCAGCUCAAAGUGGCGAAACAACGGGAAAAAGAAUGGCUCAAACAGCAGGCACGUCGCGAUCGUAGUGGCAAUAAUGUAAAUAUAAAAAAGCGUCGACACAUUUCAUUUGAAAAUAGUGUGGUGGUAUUAGAGGCGGCCGCUCGCAAUGAUAUCGAAGAAGUGGGCCGAUUUCUGGAGCAAGGAGUAUCGGCUGAUGUCACCAAUUGUGAUGGUUUGACACCGUUACACCAAUGUUGCAUUGAUAACAAUGCCGAUAUGCUGCGACUGUUGCUGGACUAUGGUGCAAAUGUGAAUGCACAGGAUAGCGAGAAAUGGACACCGUUACAUGCAGCCGCAACAUGCGGUCAUUUAUAUCUCGUUAAAUUGUUGAUUAGUCGUGGCGCCAAUUUGUUGGCCGUCAACGUUGAUGGGAAUAUGCCAUACGAUUUGUGCGAUGACGAAGAAACGCUGGACUGUAUUGAGGCGGAAAUGUCGAGGCGCGGCAUCACACAAGAACUGAUUGAUGAGACACGAGCAUCCACCGAAAAUCAAAUGCUUAACGAUUUACAGGUCAUUGUGGACAAUGGUGGCGACAUUGAUUGUCUUGACAAACAGGGUGCAACACCUUUACAUGUCGCAUCCGCAAACGGAUAUUCUAAAGUCGUUGAAUUCCUAUUAGAAAACCAUGCGGCAAGCGAUGCUGUUGACAAAGAUCUAUGGACACCGGCGCAUGCAGCUGCCUGUUGGGGUCACAUGGAAAUUCUCGAAAUGCUUGCGAUGAGUGGCGCCGAUCUAAAUGCAAAGAAUAAAAACGAUGAAACGCCUUCCGAUAUUUGUGAAGAUGCUGAAAUUCGGGAGCGUAUCGAACAAUUGAAGUCAGAACAGGAAAGUAAACGUUUGGCAGAAGCACAACGACGACGAGUUCGUCGAUCGCAAAGCAACAACACAAGAGCGCAAUCGGUGCGUCGAACAUCGUUGCGAGACAAAACACUAACGACGAAGAAGGAUGCAGUAGAAGAAACACGGCUACGACUCAGAGCCCAAGAGGGCUAUACGGCACCAGCAGACAAUGUAUCCAGUACUGAACCAAAUUCCAUUUCCUCGGCAGUUGAUCAACCGGAUUCCGUCAAUUCGGGCAAUCGUCUGUCAACCAGCACCAAGCAUCACAGUCAUAACAACAAUAACAAUAGCACCAGUAGUAACAUAAAUAACAGCUACAAUAAUAAUAAUAAUAAUUUAAACCGAAAUAAUAAAACGGCGUUAAUCAGCAAUGCUUCGUACAAUACAGUGCACAAUUCAACGUCAUCGUUAAGCUCACAGAGAUCCGCAGCAAAAACGAAUAAUUCCCAUUAUGACAGCAAUGUUGCCUAUAGCACCAAUACACCGAUGGCCGGAUUGACGACAACAACGACAACAGCAUCAUCAUCACCACCAUCAUCCUAUGAAAAUGGUAGCGGUGUGCCGAUGCGAAAAUCACCCGAAGGAAAAGAUAAUGAUUCAUUUCGACUGGAAGAUAAUAAGCCAUCGGCUAAAGAUGCACAAUCCAAAUAUCAUGACCCGAACAACAAACUGAUUGACCAACACCAAAGAAUUGGUAACGAUAUUUCUACCGAGAUUUUUUCUGCUUCUAAUGAUAAUGGCAAAAUUAAUGUUCAAGUCACCGUACUUGUUGAUCAAUCGCACGCAGGAACCACAUUGGCCAAUUUGAAAAAGCAACGAGCACAGUCACGCAACAGCGCCGUUUCCGAGAAUGGUUCAUUAAUUGCAACGCCUAGCAUAACAACGGCAACGAACAGCAUGUGCAACACGGGCAACAGUUUGGCACGUAAUAGUUUGGGUCCAUCAAUGGAAAUGUCAUUUUUGUCCACAUCAACGAAUGAUUUAAUGCACGAUGAUACGGCGCCCACCGUGGUGAAAUUCAGUGGUGUCACCAGUGAUGUAGUCAGCGAUAGUACACGAUCAAGGCGAUGCUGUAUUGUUAUGUAAAUCGACAGUCUUGUGUUUCGGCUACACACCAAAAGAAAGAAGAAGAAGAAGAAGAAAAAAAACCGAGCUCCAUAUGCCUCUUCAACCCAUCAGGAGCCUGAACCAUUUUUAUUGUUGUAACACUUUGACAACAACAAUCCAUCAUUGAUAAAAUAUAUACUCAACAAAUUAGCUCUAGUGCCCAAGUGUUCACUUACUAAAACAACAAUUUCAAACAACAACAAAAACUCGUCACCUAACUCGGCUGCAUUCCAAUAUGCAAACAACAAAUCAAAAAUUAACCAAUCAAAAAAAAAAAAAACAAAACAAAAAUUGAAGAACUGUUUCGAUGCACAAAAAUUUCGAAUGCAAAUCUACUGUGAUCAAUGCCGACGGCAACAAAAAAAGAGUUAGAUAUUUGACCGUGUUUUUUGUGUCUCAUCUUCGUUUUUUUUUUCGAAUCCAAAAUAUUAUAUAUAUAUAUACAUAUUCAGAUAUUUAGUCAAAAUCGAUUUCUAGAACGCACAUUCAUUCCAUUUUGGACAUAUUUCGUAUCGCACCUUAGGUCGGAUUCCCAAGAAGAAAAAAAUGAUAAAAAAAACAUAACAAAAAGUAUUCCAUAUAUGGCAAAGAAAGACCAUUUAUCGCACUUUAUCUUCGUUACAACAGAAAAAUUGUUUUUUUUUCGCUUCGUGCGUUAAGUAUUUGUGAAGAGUAUUAUUAUCGUUAAAUAAGCAUCUGAAGAAAAAAAUUGUAUUUAUUUUUCUAUUCAUUCGAUGAUUAAGCAAAACAAAAAAAAGUGGCAGAAUGAAAAGAUUUGAGUUGAGGCUAAAGUUGAAUUCGAUUCGCCAAAAUAUCCUUUUCAUAUAUUGAAAUUAAAAAUGUCAUUUAUGCUUCAAUCACUCCAAUGCGCGGUCGGUGCAGACCCACAUCACAAUUUAGUGUUAUGUUAAAGAUUUAACGAACGAAGUUACAAAAUAUGCAUAUAAAAGAUUUUGUUCACACACAAAAACCCAGCAGAAAAAAGAAGUAGAAGAGAAAAAAAUGAAAAUGAUUAUUAAAGUAUAAGCAAUAAAUUGUGAUUGUGUAAAACAAUUCUAGUUUUACUAUUUCCGUCCCUAUCAUUCGUUUAUAUGUUUCGUUCAUGCAUUAUUGUAAAAGAGUGAGAGUGAACGAUGCGAGAUGAGAUAAGAUAUGGAAGGCGUUCUUAAGCGUAUAGAGUGAACGGUUUGUUUUGAAAAUGAAAUCACCCAACUCAAGUUCAUAUUUAUUAUUAUAAUAACCAUUGUUCCAGACCAUAAACAUAUCAACCGGCGGCUGCCCCGUCGAAAAACGUACCCACACACACAUAUAUAUAUAUAUAUAUUCCAAGCGUCUGCUUCUUUUAGUUGAAUAUUUCAAAAAGCGUCUUUUUUUUUUGGUUAAAUAACCCAAAGUGCUUUUUUAUUGUUUGGGCCAAAAUUGGCAUCAAAUCAUUCAUCAUUUCAAUGAUAAUACGCGCAAUAACCAUGAUUAAACAGCCACACAUCCAUCGACCGAAGCAAUAGCCACGCAUCCAUCGAACGAAAUAAUCGCGUAAUAUGUGUAUGCGGUUUUUGUAGUGGAGCAAAUUUAGUGCAUGACGCGCCCAAAAUUCCUAACGAUACAUCACUUAAUCAAUUUUUCGCUUCGUCAAACAAUUCAAGACAAAUGACCACUUGAUUAUAAUUUAUCUUCAUUGAAAGAGAAGAAAAAAGAACGAGAAAAGAACAUAAACUCAAAUACAUUCCUGUUAAAACUAAUCCUGUGUAGAUAAUCAAGGGAACAUGCAAAAUCAUUAUAACAUAGCAAAUAUUUAGAUACGAGAGGAAAAGAACAGACAGAAUAAAAUAUGAAAAUAAACCCUAAAGACAACACAUAUGAGAUAUGAUACAUUCAUUGUUAAGUUAGCUAGGAGAACAGUUAUGUGAAAUAACAGAAAAUCAAAAAAAUAAACAAACAAAUUGUAUAAAUUUCAACUAAACUGGUAAAUAAAGGAUUAAAAUAUUGAAA